CAUAGUUGAGAAUAUUGAUAUUUGAAACACCUUAUCCCUGAUGUGUUUCUCCUAUACCUGAAGCAAUUAAUUUUCAAUGAAAAAUUCAUUUUGAUAUAAAUACACUGUACCUGUAGAUCUCCAGAUGGGAACUUAACAGCCAAAAUGAAAGGUUGGUAGUCUCGUCGUUUGAGGAAAAUGGAAGGAAUACUACUUUUAAUUUUCAUACCUCUAUUGAGAGCUACAGACAUUGAACUUUUCACUGCUGACGAUCAACAGUACGUAGAGUUGAGUCCAUACUGCAUCACCGCUGCAAAUAGGUCAGCGUUUUCGUUCCAAGUUUCAGCCCAGCAUGAUGCUCAUGUGGCCUUAAUGAGUACAGACAACACAGCCGGUCCCCUUUACGAAAUUGUCAUCGGGGGCUGGGGAAAUACACAAUCCUGUAUCAGGUUAGGAAAGCAACAAGAGUGUAAAAGAACUUACUUCGGACCAGUUGUAAAUAGCUAUACAUACACACAUUUUUGGGUAUCAUGGGCAAAUGGAGUUAUUUCCUUGGGAAGGUCGGAAACCGUAAACCAAACUAAGCUGAUUGAUUUUACCCACACCGAUCCUUAUCCAGUCAACUUUCUAGCUGUGAUGACCGGAUUCGGCUCAACUGGAAACUGGAAAUUUAUUAAUGACGUCACUUGCAAUCUGGAAGCAUUCGAAAACACAAGAGUCAUUAUUAACAACACAGAAUGCAAUGGAAUUACAACAUAUGAUUGUGAGCAUGGCUAUUACCUAGUCCAGGGAAACCUACAGCGCACUUGCUUAACGGGAAGAACUUGGUCGGGGAUACCCCCAGUUUGUGAACAAAUCACCUGCAAUCUGGAAGUGUUCGAAAACACAAAAGUAAUCAUUAACAACACAAUAUACAAUGGAAUUACAACAUAUGAUUGUGAGCAUGACUAUUAUCUAGUCCAGGGAAACCUACAGCGCACCUGCUUGAUGGGAACGAGGUGGUCGGGGCUACCCCCAGUUUGCGAACGAUGUAUGUGUCCUUGCUCUAUGCAAAAUCAACGUUUCUAUAACUCCUCCGAAGAACUUUACCAAAGAAUUCAGGAACUGAGAAAAAUAUUAAAGGUGGAAAAAAAUUCAACCAAUGCAUACCUACGGAAGAAAAUUAGUGUUCCGGAUUCAAGGCCUUCUUCGGUUGGAAUUGGAAAUAUCUGCGGAUACGGAGUGAUCAUUGUUUUAGUAACUCUACUGUUUAUUUCUGACGCUCCGAUAUUGUAUAGGCAAAUGCGUUUCGGAACAAAUUGAAGACCUCAAAGAUUUUUGUAGAAUGUCCAUCAAACUCAAAAAGGGAUUUUGCAUUACCUUACCUUACCAGAAAGGAUUUGUUUGAGUUUUGGCACAUUGCAUUGCAUGCAGUAUUUUUAAACGUUUGGUACAUUGCCAAUUGUUACAUUACAACAUUAAAACAGUCAUGGGUUUUAGAAUCUACUGAAUCUACUCCGGGAAGUUCAGAAUACCAAACACCGUAGAUUUAUUCCUAUAAAAAUUCAAUUCUAAUUGCAAUAAGAGCAUAAUUGAUUUUAGCAAAUUAGCUGUGCGCGUUUGAUAGAAAAACAUUGAAAUAUGAUCAUUAAAACAGUAAAGUUUACUAAACGAUUUUCACGGAUAACGUUUACUGAAAAUUUAAAAACUUCCAAUCAUGAUUAUGGAAAACACGUCUAUUGUGUGUUGUAGAAAUUUGUUUUUGUGUUAUUUUUCACACCUAAAAGUCAAUCAUGACAUUCUAUUGAGUUAGAGGCAUUUGAGUAGUUUUUGAAUAAUUUGAUAUAAAUGUUCAUUGAAAAAGUUUACAGGCAUUUUAAAGACAUUGCUUGGAAACGAAUAUCCUACACACAGUUAGAAUGACGACAUUCGGACAGCCCAAAUUAACAUCCCCCAUUUUUAGUGAGAGCGGGGACAAUGAAAGCAACGUGGAUUUCUGGCCUACUCAGAGCAAAUUAUAUUGGCAUAACUAUAUAGGGAGCAUCUGUGAAUCGUUGAAAACAAAUAUCAAUUAUUUAAGGGUCGCAACAGAAACAUCAAUAGAUAUUUAUCUAGCUUAUUUUAUUUCCAGAAUUUCAUUAACAAGUUUUACCUGCCUUGAUUUUUGCGACGAUUUUAACCAAACGAAGGACGGGUUACGUUGAACAAUACCAAAUCAUUUU